UUUGUUUUUUUUGUUUUUUCAACUUUAAUGGCCCAAACAAAACAAAACAAAACAAAACAAAAUAAAAUAAAAUAAAAUAAAAUAAAAUAAAAUAAAAUAAAAUAAAAUAAAAUAAAAUAAAAUAAUUUUAUAUAUAAUUUUAAUUUUUUAUUUUCUUAUUUGUUAUUUUUUAUUUAUUUUUUUAUUUUAUUUUUUGCAAGUAAAUGCAUUAUUGCCCUGCUUAACUUGUUCCAUGAGCUUGGUAAUACAAACAAUGCUGCAUAUUGUACAAAUAAAGUGUGCGCAUGCAUAAACAAAUACUUGCUGCCUGAGGUACAUGUGCUACGUAUAGUACAUGUACUUCCUUUCUGCACCAAUCGUAUGCCAGCACAUGCAGUCAUACAGAACAUGAUGUUCUAGAAGCAACUUCUGCAUCUUGCUUUUAAUUUUGGACAUUGGUGAUGCUCAACGCUUCCUUGUUGCAAUUCAGAGAGACCUAUAAGUACAGGAAGUUCAUACGCACUAAACCUUUCGUCUCCAGCCACUGCAGAAAGCGUACACACCAACAGAAUGUGUUGUUGUGUGUGUGCAGCUGGUAGUUAAUCUGCAUUCUCAUCUGUACACACUAGUGAAGUUUUUUGUGCACCUGAUAUCAAUUACGCACAUUGAGGUUUCUCGGCUCAGCAACACACGUGGCGACAUAGCAACUCACUUUGUCUUACCGCACUGACUUCCUUUUGUGAAAAAAACACAAGUAUGCCAGCGAAUACUCACUUUAGCAUGCACACAUGUGCAGACUAGUGCAUUUAUAUGUUAAUAAAAACAUAACCGUUAAUUUAUCUCAAACUUUCGCUCACUUGGACACUAAAAAACACACAUUUUACUGUUUAGUGUUCUUAAAGCAUUAGAAGCUUUAUUGUUGGUGCUGUCAAUUGCAUGAUUAAAGUAACCAAAAAGAGAGUGUGUGUGUGUGUGUGGUUGUGUAUGUGUGUGUGUGUGUGUUUGAUAUAUUUUCUUCCUCACUCCCUGCUCUGUUUGCACAAUGUGAUGUCCUGGAUGGUGCGCUUGACAAGUUAAUACACAGACCUGCUUUGUGCUAUCUGCUGGCCUAUAUUUCAGGGUCAAGGGUUAACCUCACACACGUAAGUGGGGCUGUCGGUUUCAUCGUAGUCCAGCACCCACAAUGCUGUUUGCCUGCACACACACACACUCUCUGACAGAAGUAUGCUAUUGUCUGUGGUUUGUUUCUUUAUACAAAAGGUCAGAAGGAAACUGUAAAUUCAAACAAACACAGGUACUUGUCAUCCUGACGUAGAUACAGCCUGUGAAUUUGCUAACUUAAACAAAUGCAUUUGUCCCUGAAUUCACACAUGCUCUCAACAACAUGUAUUAACAUGAGUAACAGAGAUCUUCAGAUGAGUGCAGUGUUCACAAAGAAACACACAAGCUCUGUUGCAACUGGGGACUAGCGGUGUCUACAAAGAUAGCUGCCUUCUUAGGCAGCAUCUUGGAACUGACUAGAAUGCUGUAAAUAGGCAGCGGAAUACAAAUAGCAUUCCAAAACUACUAGUGUUACCUUUGGCAUUACCAUGUUGCUAAGCUAACUGCAUGUGUCUUAAUCUUACUCUAACAAAAUUCAAAGCACACACAAAUACCAGGCCAUUUUUUUUUGCGUUACACCGAGAUACCACAAACACUUGCUAUUAUAUACCCUUGUGUACACUUUAGCAUACUUAUAAAAAGAGUGGUUAUUGGAAUAAUAUUAUUUAUGUUAAUAUAUAUUGAAUGUUGAAUGUUAUUUACAAUUAAAUAAAAAAUGUAUUAUAGUUAAUAUAUGUUAAAUGCAUUUGAACUUUAGAGUGCUUAUUGGACCAACUUAAGUGCAUCUUUAGUUCAUAAUUACUUUUAUUGUCUUUAAAAUAUGGUUACUGUCGAAUAUACUGACAAGCAUUUAUUGUUACAUGUCUGCCUGAUCCCCAUUGUCCUUAUUUGGUUUGGUUCCGUUCCUAGUUAACCCAUUAUCUGUGAUUGUCUCCACCUGAGUUUGAUUAUGUUGUUUGCUCUUUUGUUCUCUCGCCUUUAAAAGUCCUGAGUUCUCCCCUUUUGGUUGUCGGUAAUUACGUUAAAUAAAUGGAAUAGUGUGUUGAAGCUAUUAGUUCUCUCAUCGUUCUUUCUUCUUUAAUUUAUCAACGCCACAACCACAGAUCCGCGUAACAGAAUUACCGAACCUAAGAACAAGAUGGAAUUCGUGGAAGCGGUCGCCGCCCUAGCCCUCCUGGAUCUCCCCUUCUUUAAAUUCGCGAGCAAGUUCUGUGAGCUCGCCGAGAAGAUGACGCUGGCGGACUCCGUCAUCAUAGAGAUGUUCCGGGUCGGGGCCACUUACCACUGUCCCGUGGACCUCCCAGACACCGCGGGAUUAUGUUGGAGAGAGGCCAUUCUUCGGUGUCUGGGAAGCGUCCGGGCCCAAGCCGGAGCCCACUCGUCAGCCGCUGUUACGUGCCGGAUCUUUAAAGAUCGUAACAGUCGCGAUCCACGGAUUCCAACCGCCGUCCGCGGCCAAGGCAAACCCGCCAAGAAGUGCAGCUACCCCGCCGACAGAGAGUGCGGCCAUCCCGCCGACAGAGAGUGCGGCCAUCCCGCCGACAGAGAGUGCGGCCAUCCCGCCGACAGAGAGUGCGGCCAUCCCGCCGACAGAGUGUGCUCCAAACCUCCUAACCCGCCAAGGCCGCCGGAGACCCCUGGACGCCUCAAGUGUUCGUGUAUCUCCGUCCUGCUCCGGCAUCCAGGGCGCCCACCCCCCCUCCCCGUUGGAACUGUUACGGCGCGGGACGCGCCUACCGGGAGGGGGAGAUACUGUUACAUGUCUGCCUGUCUGUGAUCCCCGUUGUCCUUAUUUGGUUUGGUUCCGUUCCUAGUUAACCCAUUAUCUGUGAUUGUCUCCACCUGAGUUUGAUUAUGUUUGCUCUUUUGUUCUCUCCCCUUUAAAAGUCCUGAGUUCUCCCUUUUUGGUUGUCGGUAAUUACGUUAAAUAAAUGGAAUAGUGUGUUGAAGCCAUUAGUUCUCUCAUCGUUCUUUCUUUAAUUUAUCAACGCCACAACCACAGAUCCGCGUAACAUUUAUGGUAAAUAAAAUAUUUUUACCAAAUAGUCAGUAGGAGCACACAUAUGCUUCCGCUAUGCUAGCUUUUGCAACAGAGCAAAUGUUACAGUAUAUUCUAAUGAGCAUGUUCACACACUCGCAGCAAAACAAAGGCAAAUGCCACUAACUGUCACCAGUGCGGUUGACUAAACCUGAUGUGUGACGUUUAACAGGGAACAAAUAAGAACGAGGUGUUCUGAUGCUAUCAUUGUCUCUGGGAUCAGAUCUGCGGUUUGCACACUCUUCAAGUGUUUGUCAGAAUGUAGCAUGUGGUUCACAGUAAAAGCUGUGCAGAAUUAUGCUUUGAAGAGGUUUCGGCUUGUUUUGAAAAGGACGUCUCUUUUAGUCGUUUCUUAAAGCUUCUAAGAAAUUUCGAUUGCCUUUGUGACAACAUUUCUGCAUGCUCUUAUGAAUCAAGCACAGCGUUUUGUCCAUCGACAAAUAUAAUGGUGAAUUUCUGCUUAAAUAAAUAAAUCCAGUCUAAGCUGGUCUGCUGGUUUUACUUGUUGUCCCAGUUUAGUCAGGCUGGGAAGCUUGGCGUCCAUCUAAACCAUCUGAACACCAGCUGUGAGACCAGAAACCAGCUUAGGCUGGUUUAGGUUGUUUGAUAAAAUAAUAACAGAACUUGCUGCUACAAUGCUGGUAUACACUACACAUCUGUUCAGAUUUUAAAACACUAAGAAUCAGACACUUGCCAACUUUGUAAAUGGUUACAGAGAAAAACUGGGCAUCAUACAAUAAACAACUGUUUCUCACACACUACUAUACUUUCAAGUUGUACCGAAUACACAAAUUCACAGAGAACCAUGUGUCUCAUUGAUAGGAGAUGCAUGACAAAUGCUACAAUUGGCUCAAAUUACCAAGCAUGCUUGAUAUCCUCCAAACAGAUGGAAUCAUAAUCUGAAGCUAAAAAAUAAAGUCUGUAUCUAGUACACUAUCAAAUCUGUCAACUCUGACUGGCCAGUAUUUGCGGUUGUAUAAACUGUAUCUUUGGGGAACUAGCAUUGAAGACAUUCCAGACUGUAAACUGAGUGUAUUCCAGCCUUAAAAUUCAACAUAAAUGGUAUGAGCAUAGAUUAGCAUAAACACUAGGUAAUGCUCUGAAUAUCAAUACUUUAAGGUUUCUUCAAAUCCUUAACCCUAAGUAAGAACAACAUUAAUCUUGAUACUUGGCAUUGUAAGCAUUAGAACUUUUAUGUUUGCUCUCAUUCUGUUCGAUCCAAUCUUGAACAGGCAUACACACACACACUCAAUCCCUUUUCCUCUCAUGCAAACACCUUCAACCCCCAUCCAUCACAAUCCUCUGCCUGUAACACACAAUCACUUUCCCUCUCACCCAAACACCUUUGUUCCCCGUCCUCCCCACUAUUCCCUGCCAAGCACCCAUAGAGCCCUCUAUUGUCCUGUCCAGCAGGAAUAUCGAUUUUUACGGCCCCUUCCACACAAUGCUUCCCUGCCUAAGCAGCCCUUUAUAAACUCAACAAUCUCCCUUUACGAGUCUUAAAUGAAUGAGAUAGGUAGGCGCUCUCCAGAAUGGCUCUUUAAAGAGAAAAGUGACAUGACAAAAGCUCCGGCACUAAGCUUCCUCCUGUCUUAAAGUGAAGGAUCGUCUGGUGUAGUGUGUGUGGCUUUGAUGCAACAGUGGGCAGAGGAUAUGGGCCUAUAGUAUAUGGGCUUGGGUGGGUGAAAGGUGUGUGUGUGUGUGUGUGUGUAAGGGUGAGGAUUUAGGGCCAGCUAAAGGGUGAAGACCAUGGAAAAGCUGUUUGAUGGGGUCCGGAAGUGGAGAUAAAGAGAGGCACUCUUUACGUGGACCUUACACCUGCUUUUUUAUAGACCAAGGCAUAUGCUUUUUAGCACACAUCCCCUCAAAUGCUGACAUACAUGCACACACAUACACCCACGCAUGCAAUUCCAUCUCAUACUCACAAAAGAGUACUGUGAUGCUACCAUGGACCACCCUGUUAUAAAAACUAGCUUAUGCAAUAUGUAUGUGAUAUUUCUGUAGAGUUAAAAAAGCUGUCAGCUGAAGAUUUCCUAAUGUCCACCAGAUGUAACCACCAAAUUGCUCUCUUGCUUUCCAAAACCAGGUCAGCAAACAAAAAACUGCAAUCCUGAACCCUGGUAACUGGUUUCUAGCUGGUCCAAACCAGUUAGCCAAAUCUGUCAUUGGCUGUUUGACGAGCUGCCUACCAUUUUCCAAAAACCAGAACUGGUGGGACCAUCUGGAAGCUGAGCCUUGCCAUCUUGGGUCAGCAAGAAACUAACUACCACCUACUAGGUUUAGAUGGAUUUUCCAGUAUGGAAAGUUCAAAAUAUGUGACAAGAUGUCACAGGUAUAGACGUGAAAUCUCAUGACACCUAUUCCAGUGAUGCCUGUCAGGUAUUAUUAGCAUUUUUC